AUGACAUCUAAAUCAUAUUGUUGAUAAAUAAUAGGUAAAAUGUCUUAAGGUUAUAAUGUUAGAAUUUUUGUGUUGUUACUGAAAACCAUCAAAAUUUCUGUGAUACGUGGUAAAACUCCUGAUGUUAUGUUGAGUGAAACAAUAACAUAAGAAAAAUAAAUUGCAGAUUGAUAUUGGAAAUGAAUUUAACUAUUCAAUUCCCAUCUCCUUUGCAGAGUGAUGCUUCGAAGAUUGGAAGAUGGAUUUAAACAAUACAAAUCACCCAGAAUGGACAAAAGAAAAUCCGUUACUUGCUAAAGCUUCCAUUGACCACUACCCAUUUAGGUUGAGCGUUCGCGAACCGAUUGGGAUGGAUUUUGUGCCUUGCAUACACCGGGACCCAAAGAGCAGUGAAGAUCCUACAGAAAAAGGAAUCAAGUCAGAUAUGGCAGUCAACUCUUCCAUAUCUCGACCCAGGAGCGAGGGGACACCUCUGGAGCUAGCUCACCUGGUGGCUCCAUCAAACAUAAGUCUGGUAGCCUCAGUAAGAAGAACAAAGGUCCUCCCCAAGAUUCUCUGGUUAUAAAUAUCAAAUGUCCAUUCUCGUUCAAUCAUCUACCACAACGACCACCCGUCCAUAUAGAGUUUAAGAAGCUUGGAUACUGCAUCUCACAGGAAUGCAACGGAGGACAAAAAAAUUUGCUGAAAGGUGUAAGUGGAAAAUUUCAAUGUGGGGAGCUGACUGCAAUAAUGGGUCCUUCUGGGGCUGGCAAAAGCACCCUUAUGAAUGUCCUUGCUGGAUACAGGACAUCAGGUGUAACAGGUUCAGUAUUGAUAAAUGGAAAAGAACGGAAUGCACGCCGCUUUAGAAAAAUGUCUUGUUAUAUAAUGCAAGAUGAUAGACUGCUUCCUCAUCUUACUGUAUGGGAAGCUAUGACAGUAUCUGCUAACCUGAAACUAGGAAAGCACAUGACAAAAAAAGAAAAGAAAGUUGUCAUAGAGGAGAUUUUGGAAACUCUUGGUCUGUUAGACAGCUGUGGGACAAGAACUUCAAAUCUCUCAGGAGGACAAAGGAAAAGACUUUCAAUAGCUCUUGAGUUGGUCAACAACCCACCUGUAAUGUUUUUUGAUGAACCUACCAGUGGCUUGGACAGUUCAUCAUGUUUCCAGUGCCUAUCACUUCUUAAAUGUCUUGCCCGAGGAGGAAGAACUAUAAUUUGUACCAUCCAUCAACCUUCGGCAAGACUUUUUGAGAUGUUUGAUCACCUCUACACUCUUGCUGAAGGUCAUUGUGUAUACCAAGGAGAUGUUUCUGGCCUUGUACCAUUCCUCAGUUCUCUUGGCUUGGACUGUCCAAGUUAUCACAAUCCUGCAGAUUAUGUUAUGGAGGUUGCUUGUGGAGAACAUGGUGAUGUCAUUGACAAACUGGUUCUAGCUGUUAUGAAUGGUAAAUGCUCAAUUUACAAUUCCCAUGAAAAAAAUCAAAAGGAACUUUUGGCAAAUGGUGACACAACUACCCAUAAGGAGGGUGGUGAUGUGGCUGUUACAUCAUCAUUGCUACAUUCCGAUGAAAGCCUUACCACAUUGGGUCCUAACCCUGGAUUUCCUACUUCAAGUUUUAGACAAUUUGCUAUUCUAAUCAACAGAACAUUUUUAUCAAUAAUUCGAGACCAGAUUGUCUUCUCUGUGGUGUACAUAGCUAUAGUAUACUUUAUGACCUCGCAGCCUCUUGAUCCUGUAAGAUUCUUUAUGGUUCUUAACAUGUGUGUUUUAACAUCACUUGUCGCCCAAAGUCUCGGUCUUUUAAUCGGAGCAGGCAUGUCUAUUGAGGUAAACUAA